AUGGACCCAUUAACACCCUACUGCCGCGAGCUGGCCUCGCCAGGCAUCUUCCAAGCCGUGCUAUCUAUCCUGAUCAUCCUCGGCAUUCUCCUCUCAUACCUCCCGCAACACAUCCGCAUCAUCUCCCGACGAAGCUCCUUCGGCAUCUCCCCAUACUUCAUUCUCCUAGGGGUAACAUCAGGGACAUCAGCCUUCGCCAAUAUCCUAGUAUUCCCAUCGACCGCGCAAGAUGUCGCCUGCUGCCGGGAGAUCAGCGGGUUCGCAUGUUUCGCGGGGUUACUAGGAGUAUUCCAGGUAGCCAUGCAAUGGCUCUGUUUCUUCUCUAUUCUUUUACUAUUUGUGAUCUACUUCCCGCGCGCCACAUCCCCCACAGACCCAGUUAGCACAGUCUCAUCCACCUCCGGUGGACCGACAUACCGCACCGCGCUCGUGAUAACGGGAGUUUGUCUACUACAUGCGCUCGUCACGAUUAUUAUUAGUCUAGCGUUCAAGCUGCACCAGCCAGCUGCUGUUCAGGCCUGGGCGAACUUCCUCGGUGUUCUAGCGGCGAUCCUCGCGUCGAUCCAGUACUUCCCGCAGAUCUACACUACCUUCAGACUGCGUUGUGUCGGGAGCUUAAGUAUCCCGAUGAUGUGUAUCCAGACGCCGGGAAGUCUUGUCUGGGCUUCUAGCUUGGCUGCCCGUAAGGGUUGGAAUGGCUGGAGUAUCUGGGGUGUGUUGGUUGUCACCGCCUGCUUGCAGGGUACCUUGUUGGUGAUGGCAAUUUAUUUUGAGUACUUUGGGUCCAACGAUAAGCGGGAAGUUGGGCGGCUGGCUGAUGGAAAUGAGGUGUCAAAUGGAUCGGCUCAUGCUGGGGAGAGCGCCCAGCAGGAAUCUGCGCAUGAUGAGCGACCGACUGAGGAGACGCCGUUGCUUCAGAGCCAGUAA